UGAGCGAAUAGAAGACGGAAAAGCAGUCAAUGCGCGAACGACGUCGGAGGGUUCUCCGACGAAGUUGAAAUCAAACGAGCGGGAGCAGCCCCCGCCAUUCCCCUUUUGUUUUUUUGCAGUCUGUCACAAAGCAAAAAUUAAGUGGGUCCCAUCUUAGCUGGCCGACAAAGCAAAGCUAAGCCAAUCCAAUGUAUAAUCCAUUUUCUUCUAAUUUCUUCCACUUUCGGUUCCCACUUACCAUUAUCAACAAUCAAAUCAAGUGCUAAACCACAUUGCUUCAGCUUUCUGCGUUUUCCUAAUUCCUCUUUUACAUCUUUAAUCAUCUAAUUUAUCUUCAAUUCAUUCUCAAUCUCUCACCUAUACUGUUAACCUGAGAUUUUGCUUUCUUUAUCUCCUCCACUGCUCAGCUCAUCCAUGAUCUAAUACUUGCUUACCAAUGAGAAACAAUGGCUCUCGUGUCUAAAGAUAUUGACUCUGCCUUCCACGGCGCAGGAGCAAAACCCGGUUUGGAGAUCUGGUGCGUGGAAAAUCUCCAGUUGGUUCCGCUUCCCAAGUCUUUGCAUGGAAAAUUUCAUUCUGGAAAUGCGUAUAUAGUUUUGAAUACUCUUUUGCUUAAAAAUGGUCCUCCUCAGCACGACAUACAUUAUUGGCUAGGAAAAGAUGCUAAUCAGAUGGAAUCAACCUUGGCAUCAGACAAAGCACUUGAAUUAGAUACAGCUCUAGGGUCCUGCACUGUGCAGUAUAGGGAGGUUCAGGGCCAGGAAACAGAGAAGUUCUUGUCAUACUUCAAGCCUUGUAUUAUACCUAUUGAAGGAGUAUAUUCAUCACAGCUGGGGCACUUAGAUAGCAACUCAUACAAAGUUAGCAUGUUAAAAUGCAAGGGCGAUCAUGUUGUUUCUGUUAAAGAAGUGCCUUUUUCUCGGUCAUCCUUGAACCAUAAUGAUGUUUUCAUACUUGACACUGCAUCAAAAAUUUUCCUCUUCAGUGGGUGCAACUCUAGUAUACAAGAAAGAGCUAAAGCUUUGGAGGUUGUUCAGUAUGUCAAGGAGAACAAGCAUGGGGGAAAAUGUGAAGUGGCAACUAUAGAGGAUGGAAAAUUUGUUGGUGAUUCUGAUGUUGGUGAAUUUUGGAGUUUGUUUGGUGGUUAUGCUCCAAUUCCAAGGGACUUGCCUUUUGGCGUUCAGAAAGAAUAUGAUACUUCAUCUGUACAACUAUCCUGGAUAACAACACAGGGUAAACUAUGUCCGAAAGAAGGUAAUUCAUUGAACAAAGAAAUGCUUGACUCAAACAAGUGCUAUAUGCUGGACUGUGGUGCUGAGAUUUUUGUAUGGAUGGGUAGAAAUACAUCUAUUACAGAACGGAAGACAUCGAUUUCAUUUAUUGAAGAUUUUCUGAGAAAUCAGGACAGGUCCACUGCAACCCAUUUAACAUUUCUUACUGAAGGACUAGAAACUUCCAUAUUUAAGUCAUUCUUUGAGAGUUGGCCACAAGUGGAGCCCAAUUUGUACGAAGAAGGUCGAGGAAAAGUAGCAGCAAUAUUUAAGCAUCAGGGUUAUGAUGUGAAGGAGCUUCCUGAUGCAGAAGACUGCCAGUCCUAUAUAAACUGCCAAGGCAAACUAAAAGUUUGGCGGGUAGAUGGUGAUGAGUUGAUCCUUGUUCCAGCUCAAGAGCAGAUAAAGCUUUUCAGUGGGGAUUGUUAUGUUGUCCAAUAUACAUAUGCUGGUGAUGGAAGGGAUGAAAAUCUAUUUUAUGCAUGGCUUGGUCGUGCAAGUGUACUGGAAGAUAGAGCUGAUGUCAUCACCCAUAUGAAUGCUAUUGCUGACUCAUCCAAGGGGGAUCCUGUUUUGGCUCGAGUUAUUCAGGACAAGGAGCCACUCCAACUUUUCUUGAUUUUCCAGACAAUAAUUAUUCUUAAGGGAGGUUUGAGUAAACGAUACAAGAGGUUCAUUGCAGAAAAUGGUAUUUUGGAUGAAACUUAUGAUGAAGGAAAGACCUCACUUUUUCGAGUUCAAGGGACAAGUCCAAGUAGCAUGCAAGCCAUCCAAGUUGAUCAAGUUUCAAGUUCUCUAAAUUCAUACUAUUGUUACAUCCUGCAAACUGGAAGGUCUACGUUCACUUGGAUUGGGAAUUUGUCAUCCACUAUAGACCAUGAUCUUCUUGAUAGAAUGCUGGCGCUUAUUAAUCCAACAUGGCAACCUAUAUCAGUGCGAGAAGGGAGUGAACCUGAUAUUUUCUGGGAGGCACUUGGUGGAAAAACAGAGUAUCCAAGGGAAAAGGAGAUAAAACAACACAAUGAAGAUCCGCAUUUGUUUGCAUUUAUAUUUGCUGAUGGUGAUUUUAAGGUGAAAGAGAUAUACAACUUUACUCAGGAUGAUUUAACUACAGAAGAUGUCUUGAUACUCAAUUGUCACAAAGAAAUCUAUGUUUGGAUCGGAUGUCAUGCAAAUGUUAAAUCAAAGCAACAAGCCCUCACUCUUGGCCUGAAUUUCCUUGAGAAUGUCCAUCAUAUUGAAGGACUCUCUUUGGAGACUCCUAUUUAUGUUGUUACAGAAGGGAAGGAACCUCCAUUUUUCACUUGUUUCUUUGAAUGGGAUUCUUCAAAGGCAAAUAUGCUUGGCAACUCAUUUGAACGAAAGCUUGCCAUUCUGAAAGGGAAAAAGCAAAAUCUGGAAGUUCCUAUAAUAAAUUCAUGGAAAGCAUUCUCUAGGGAGACUACUCCAGAUAAUUUGAGAAGCAAUUCUGUCAGUUCAAAUGGGAGGGGAAGUAUUCUAUCUAGUGCAUCCAGUGUUUCAGGCUCAAAGUCCAAGUCUGCAAACAGCCACCUUUUUUCAAGCCCAACUCUGAUUGCGAGGAAGCUCUUUCCGGGAUCUCCUGAUGGUAGUGCUGGUUCUCCAGAAGCAGAGGCAAGGUCUCCUCAGGACGCAAAUUUGGUGCAGGUUGAUAGAAGUAACUUUACUGAAAACUCAUUAAUAUAUCCAUACGCACGAUUGAUAGUGGGUUCAAGCGAUCCUGUCACAGACAUAGAUGCGACCAGAAGAGAGGCAUAUUUAAGUGAUGAAGAGUUUCAAGAGAAGUUUGGAAUGAUGCGAAAGGCCUUCUACGGGCUUGCAAAAUGGCGACAGAACAAGCUGAAGAUGUCUCUGCAACUUUUUUAAGAAACACUAGCUUCAAACCAAAUUGGAAAUUCAUUUUUUCCUCAGGAGUGGGGCGUUCACAAGCCCAGCAACGAUUCGGUGAAUAUCUCACCUUGCUUGUCCACAGAAUAUCAUCGUCAUCAGCUAAGAAAUUGUAGAUUAGGGUAAUCUUGAAGCAACAACAUGCGGCUAUAUUGUAGGACCUGAUAUUUCUUUUUGGAGCCAAAAUUAUUAUUUUGCUUAA